AGGUAGGGAAAGAACACAAAGUCUCAAAAAACAACUUAGAAAAAGAGAGAGAGGGAGAAGGAGAUGGAGAGGGAAAAAACCAACUUCUCUAUAACUUGUAGCCUCUUAAGCAAGUUUAUGAAGGAAAAAGGAAGCAUUAUUGGUGGGUUGGGGCUUGAGAUUAUGGGCCCUAAACCUCUUCAACAACAAGCUAAUAAUGGAAUAGAUUCUCAGCUUGCUACCAUGAACUUAUUAGAUGGAGUUAAUGCAUCAGUAGAAGAACAUAUCAAAAAUGCUGGUGAACAACAUGAAAGUGCCGAGAAUCCGCAUUUUAAUGGUUCAGAGAAAGCGCAGCUGACGAUAUUUUACGGCGGAGAAGUGCUGGUUUUCGACGAUUUUUCCGCCGGUAAGGUCGAGGAAUUGAUGCGAAUGGCGAAGGAGACGUCGUCGUCGGUGCAAAAUUUCCGCAUCGCGGUUCCUCAAUUCGCCGCUUCUCCAACUGAUCAUAAACUCAAAUCCAGCUCCCAAAAUACUGCUGUGCCUAGGCCUGCUCAAGCCAUUGCUUCUGAUAUACCUCUGGUAAGAAGAAAUUCGCUGCAUCGAUUCCUCGCGAAAAGGAGGGAAAGGAUUAACACCAAGGCGCCUUACCAACUAAAUUACUCUUUGGAGGCCAAGAACGCGGCUAAGACGGAGGAUAAUAAUAAGUCGUGGCUCGGCUUAGGUUCAGGAGUCAUUGGAUCCGAACAUGAGCUUCGUUUGUAGAAGAUCGGAGUGAUGGAUCAAACAUUUUACGAAGUAUGUUAAGCAUAUAUAGUGGCCUCUUUGUUUAAACACAAUGUUGUUUCUUUUUUGCCUCCCCAAAUGAGGUUUGAGAUGUAAAUUUGUAUUUUAGCAAAGAGGUGGAUUAAUUCAAAGAAUAUAUAUGAUAUGUUUGAUUUGAAAAUGAUUCAUCUUAUCUUAUAGAUAGUUGUUUAGCGAUAUUUUUAUUUUUA